CUUGGAAGUAUUUUCUCCCGAAACGUGCUGGACGGAGUUUAGUUGGUGUUGUAGUAGUAAGCUUGAUAGCUUGUCUUUUUUUUAUUUUUAUUUUUAUUUUUAUUUUUUAUUGAAACACGAGGAUUUAAGCUACGCUCGUUACACCACAAAAGUGUGUUUUGUUCUUCAGGUGUUACUGUGGUCUUCUGAAAUUAUCCUGCUGUCGCACACAGGCAGGCCCUGGCCCUGUGCUCCUGCCAAGACGAUGGCCCACGAAGAAGGCCCCGGUGAAGAUGUCCCCACGGAGAUUGAGGAGUACCUCACCGAGUUUGACUCAUCCGUGGACGCGGUGAACGCCAUGGUCAAGACCCUGGUGUCUGUGUCCAGGAACGAGCUCCUUGGCAAACUGGAUCCCCUGGAACAGGCCAAACUGGACCUUAUGUCUGCAUAUGCCCUGAACUCGCUCUACUGGACGUACCUGGUGACCCAGGGGGUGAACCCGAAGGAGCACGGAGUGAAGCAGGAGCUGGAGAGAAUCAGGACAUACAUGAACAAAGUGCGCGAGAUCACAGACAGGAAAAAGGCGGCUCGGCUGGACAAAGAGGCCGCGGCGCGGUUCCUGCGCAGUGCAUUGUGGGAAGCGGACGAGGAGAAGGUUCAGCCAGAAAGCAAGCGAAAGAAAUGCAGCUGAGUGACGAACCUGGUAGCUGGUUGUUCAGCAGAGCGAAGAGCUUCCCGGCCGAUCACAUUGGGACAAUUAACCAGAACGAUCAGCCCAACUGUGUUGUCGGAGGGUGAUGCUGAAUUUUUUUUUAACUGAGUUUUAGGAUUUUUUUAUUAAAGUACAAUAGUUGACUCUUUUCCGUUGUGGAAGAACAAAAUAUUGUUUGUUUGAAACAAAUGAUUAAAAAUGAUUUUCUUCACUUGACCUUGUCUG